AUGAUGCUAAAGCAAGGCAUGCAAUCAGACUUUAUGACUGAACCCCAACUUUUAGACUCCACGGCAUUCAAUGGGUCCAAGGAGUUCGACAGAAGAGAUAGCUUUCUGAUGCUCAAUUCUGACUCUGACCAGGAACCUUCGUCGAGCAGUCAGACCGCUCAGUUUCCACUGAAACUUCAUGAAAUGCUGGCAUGGUCCGAACGAGAAGGCUAUCAGUCCAUUGUUUCCUGGCUGCCUGGAACAAAUACUAACGCCUUUAAGGUUCACAAAAAGGAAGCCUUUGUCACACAGGUAAUGCCAAAGUUCUUCAAACAGACGCAGUACAAAUCGUUCAUCCGACAGCUGAAUCUGUGGGAUUUUGAACGCAUUGUGGAAUCAAGUCCUAACAAAGGAGGAUACACUCACGCGCUCUUUGUGAAAGGUAACCCUAUCAUUUGCAAGGAGAUGAGACGAACAAAGAUCAAAGGAAAGAACAGCAAGCUCUUGUCAGGUGGAGUGACGCGAAAAGCUUCUCGAGACGAGAAAGUGGAGUCCAAACGGCUUCAAAAUCCGUCGUCCUUCUUACCUAAUACACCGCCACAUCCAAGUAAUCAGCAACAAGAACCAAAACAAGAAAAGAAAGCACAAAGAAUAGACGAAAUAGGGAUAUUUCCUUUCAUGGGACAGUUUGGCCGACCUGGUCGGAUUGAGCCACAAGAAAUGAAAUACGUACAAAUCGGAAUGAACCUUGGACGAUUGGUAUCCAAAGGAGAAUGGCCUGCGCCUGCGUAA